AUGAUUAAAUUCGAGAAAUUCAAUAAGAAAGUUAUAAAGGCAUUACCACACAAUCUGGUAAGUCAUGAUGAAGAAGCUGAUGCUCUACCUUGUAUGACUCUCAGUGAAAAAUGGGCUUUCAAGAGCAUACUGAAUCAAGAGAAAAUAACAUUAAGUACAAAGCUUAACGUGCAAGGCAAAGCCAAGCCUAAGACUCAGCUUGAAACUCCCAUAAACAACUCCCGCAUCACAAGAUUGCCACAGGAGAUACUCCUUCGAAUCGCAAACAACUUAGACUUCCAUGGAAACCAGAACAUAGUACCAUUGGCGUUGACUUGCCGUCACUUUUACCUUCUCUUCUGCAAUGACAUUAAACGUGUGGAUCUCAGGCAGUUGAUAUGCCCUUGUACGAACAACGAUCUGCCACAGUUUGAUAUGGACCAUGAUCACAUGCCCAAGUGCCGACCAUGCCCACUUUGGUCUUGUAUAGAGGACUGGAGCGGUCUUGGAGGAUAUCUAUAUUGUUCUGGGAGGCAUAAUUACUGCUGCCCAGGCCAAUCAAAACUCAAGGAAUGUUAUUGGUUAUCUCGGGAUCGCGGUUAUCUUCCCUGGCCAAUCGAAACUAGGGGUCAAACGAUAAUUCGAAUCAAGAAUCAAGAAGAGGCUGCCAGAUCUCUUUGCCAUGCUCUCUCAGUUGGACUUUUUAUCAAAGUUUCCGCGCUUUGCGAUGUGAAAGCAGAUUUUUUCAUAGGCCGAGCAAAGACAAGUCACUACGCUGUCCCAAGUCUCAAAAGCAUAUUAUGUGAGUUAGACCGACAAGCGAGGCACUGCUGGGGCAAAGAGAUGAUGUUGAAUUAUUCUGAAUGGAGGGAGAUGAUUGGGUUUUGA